AUGGUGUAUUUGGGAGAUAAACUACUCUAUCAUAAUAUUGUUCCCUGUCGAGGGUUAUUCAACCUUGUUGUCAUGUCCCUUGUCUCAAUUUUUUGUUUCAAAGUUGCAAUUUCUGUAUCUUUUACAGUUCCAUCAUCAGUAUCAACAGAGGGACUAGAAGCAGAGGGUCUCCUUAAAUGGAGGCAUAGCCUUGACAACCAAAACCAAGCUCUUAUGUCUUCAUGGGUUGGAAAUAGUCCUUGCAACUGGACUGGAAUUGCUUGCAAUGAAUUCAGAAGCAUCACUAACAUUAGCCUUUCUCGCACUGGCUUAAGAGGCUAUCUUCCUCAGGAAAUUUGCAAUGGUGGAGUACUUGUAAAUUUUACAGCAAAUGACAAUUACUUCAUUGGCUCCAUCCCGAAAAGUUUCAGGAACUGUUCCAGCUUAUACAGAGUGAGGCUUGAUAGAAACAGGUUAACAGGAAAUAUAUCCGAAGAUCUUGGAGUUUAUCCACACUUGAACUAUAUUGAUUUGAGCUAUAACAAUUUCUAUGGGGAAAUUUCUCAUAAGUGGGUGCAGUGCCAGAGUCUGCAAAGCUUGAAAAUCUCUGAUAACAGGAUUUCCGGAGGAAUUCCUCCACAGCUUGGGGAACUGCUUCCUCGUCAAGUACUCGACCUCUCCUCGAAUUAUGUAGUUGGGAAUGUUCCGAAAGAACUGGGGAGAUUAGUAUCACUGUUCAUCCUCAACCUGGGUAGUAAUAAACUUUCAGAAAGUAUUCCUAUGGAAAUUGGCAGACUUUCCAAUCUUGAACAUCUCAACUUAGCAGCAAACAAUCUGACAGGAUCAAUUCCUGAGCAAUUAAAUGGGUGCUCAAAGUUAUUGAACUUGAAUUUGAGCACAAAUGGAUUCACAGAGAAUCUGCCUUCAGAGAUGGGCCGCUUACAGUAUCUUCAGGUUCUCGAUCUUAGUCAUAAUCUACUGAGAGGAGAGAUACUGGCAUACAGCCACAGUUUGCAGAAAUGGAAAACUUGGAAUCAUUGA